ACAAUCUACUCUUGCCUUUGAGUAAAGAAAGACAUCAUCAUAUCAUAUCUACCUACUUAUACAAACCAUCCCUCUACAACAACAAACCUACAAACAAACCGCAUUCAACAUGUCUCGACAACCAACAGCGCUCGACACAUCAACCGAAUCCCCAACAUGUCCAACCCAGAGUGAGACGAACCACCAUCUCCACUCGUCAAUAAUCAUGGCUAACCUAUCCCUCCUCAUCGAAGCCCCCGUGUCUCCAUCCGCCCAAGCCGGCGCCGACCGCUGCAUGCGCCACACCCAGAGUUGGACUCCCGACUUUGGUCCCCUCCAGCGUCGUCAGAGCUGGAGUGCAGAGGACAAGAAGCAUCAGAUGCACAUGGCAAAGAUUGAUCAUGUAGCUACUGGUCCUGGCUUCUCCGAGGGACAGGGCGCAUGAUUUAUACGAGGGUAAUAAGGUUGAACGCAUCGGAAUGAACAAAAAAAAGACUGUACAACAAUGGGUCAAUAAUGGAUCAUUAAUGUCAGGAUUGGGAAAACGGCUGGGUUUAUGUCAACGCCUGGCAAGGCGACAGACACUUGUACACUACAUCGCAAAGCAUACUCAGAAUGAAACAAGAGUAUUCAGUUUGAUUUAA